AUGUUUGUUGAUGCUCCAUACGCCGGUCAUCUUCACAUUCAAAACAUCUAUUUGGCGGUCGACUCCACUGGUAUUAUAACUUACACUGGUGACACACUCCCACCUAACACGCACACUGAGAACGUCAUAGAAAUCCCUAAAGGAAAGUUUUUCCUUCCUGGUUUCAUUGAUUGUCACAUCCACGCGCCUCAAUACGCAACAGUCGCCACACAAUUUGGAAAGCCGUUGAUGGAGUGGUUGGAGGCUUCUGCGUUUCCAGCGGAGCGGAAGUGCAAGGAAGAGUCUUUGGCACGAGACUUGUACACCAAAGUUGUUUUAAAAACACUGCAGAAUGGUACAACUACUGCGUCGUACUUUGGCACUAUUUUUAAUUCCACGGACUUGAUCCUUGCCGAUGUGUGUGAAACAAACCAUCAAAGAGCCUUUGUAGGCAAAGUGUGUCAAGACAAAAUGAUUCCCAACGAUCUCUGUGAGGUUACUGAAGAUUCCAUUGUAGACGCCGAGACUUUUGUGGACACUGUUCUCUCCAAGAAUUAUAAAUAUGUUCGUCCUAUCGUGACUCCGCGCUUCGCAGUGUCAUGCAGUCUUGAAUUGAUGAGUCAAUUAAGUGCCUUAGCUUCAAAGAAAGAUAUCUUCAUACAAACUCAUCUCAGUGAAAAUACACAAGAGUGUGAGUUGAUCGCAGAGAUGUACCCCGACUGCAAGAAUUACACUGACGUCUAUGAGAAGGUUGGCUGUUUAACUUCCAAGACUCUAUUAGCGCAUUCAAUUCAUUUAAGUGAUGACGAGAUAGAAGUGAUCAAGAACCAUGAAAGUUGCUUAAUCCAUUGCCCAGUAGCCAAUCUGUCGAUGAAAUCCGGCUUCUUUAGAUUCAAAAAGUUGUAUCAAAUGGGUGUCAAGAUCGGGAUGGGGACGGAUGUUGCUGGGGGGUAUUCUCCUUCUAUGAUCGAAGUGAUGAAAAUGGCCAUGUUAGUCGGCAACAUUAGUUCCAUCACAAACAAUGACGCACAAAUCGACUUUGGGGAUGUCUUAUAUAUGGCGACAAUGGGUGGCGCGAAAUGUCUGAAUUUAGACAAACAGAUCGGAAGCUUUGAAAAUGGCAAAAAGUUUGAUGCGCUCUUAAUCGACUUGACUAAGGACAACACUAACAUCGAUUUAUUCGACUGGAACACUCAGGAGGAUAUGGUCGAGCGUUUCAUAUUACAAGGCGACUCGAGGAACAUAGCACAAGUUUAUGUUGAUGGAACACAAAUUGAGUUAUAA